CCCUUGUCCUCUGUUGCAACUGUAUUGACGUGAACGAGAGCGCCCUCUGGCUUCUCCCAGAGGCCACAAGUUAGCAACAGAUCCCUCCAGACGCGACUUUCCCCGAGCUCUGUCGCGACAAGCCCGCGAAAACGGUUCGUCAAUCGGCCCAAGUCAGCAGCGGCACCCUCUCCAACGCCAAAUCCACAAGCAAACACAUACGCGACAUCCAGGGCGGCGGUAUCCCGCCGACUUACACACGCAGAAGGCGUAGCAGCGUCCACGCAUGCUCUCCACACCCUGACUACGCGCACGCGACCGAGCACAUACACCAGAGCCUGCUGCAUUCGCGAGAGCAGGGUCCAGUACUCCAGGAUCGGCAUCGGCAUCGGCACGGCGAAGAGCCCUCGCGGCUUGCCAGAACCAAGGAAUUGAUGGAAGCGCCUAUGCACGUUGAGCGCCUCGCCUCGACCGUGCUUGACAUGAAGAGCCCAGUCCGCAACGAGGCCAGCGACGCCAUCGUGCUCGAAGCAACCGUAAAGUACAGGAAAGAGCAGUACACCCUACAACAGAAGCUAGUUGCCCAUCUCGGCCGCCCAAACCAGGGCGCAAGGGGCCCAGAAGUCGAAGCUCGAGAACAGCGCGCAGAGCGAGGCUCGACGGUGUUUCGCACCGCCGUCGAGCACUGAUGGGGAUCGGCGGCUUGAUGUGCUGGGACGGCCCAUCAUCAUACGUUGGAGGCGGCAGGCAAGAUUGCGCUGCGUUUCAGCGCUGAGCCGCCUCUUGAUCUGCUUGUUUUUCCAGUCCUGUCCGGCUCCUCGCUCUAGAGCCCAUCAGCCCACGUAGCGGUUCCACAUGUCGUCAUGGUACGUACGGUCCGGACGGCGGAUCUCGCAGUGCGUGCACCAGAGAAUGCAGACA